ACAACAGCUGCUGCUGUACCUCAUGACACUGAAUAUACCCAGCAUCUACCCGACGUGCAGCGUGUCGCGCGUUAUCAUGCGCGUGCCCCGAGAGAAUGAUAUAGGCCUCAUCUUCGAUCUGACUGUUUCCAAUCAAAAAAGGGAAAAAUCGGAAAUGCUGGAGUUUACCGUGAACUCAAAUGGCGUCUGUACAUUGAAUUUGACCAACGGCAAGCAGGUCAAGGCAGGCACCAUUUUUGGCGGCGACUUUGGCGCGAUUGAACCAGGGAGUAGCGUCACCGUCUCCCUAGUGUGGCCCACUGUGUCCCUUUACAAUCGAGUUGGCAGCUGUCCCAUAGUCAUCAGCAGCACGAAUCACCUGAACGAGGUGAUCAAAACGAAUCAAAUUUUAUACUUUGAUACACGCUUUGAAACCUUGGAUCCGAGUAAUCAUUCCCUGCGACGUCUCAAGGAUUUUACCGACUGCAAGAACUGGGAUAAGAACUAUUUACGCAAUUGCACGCCCCUUAACUGUGAGGAGCGAUAUUUUGGCAAGCGCAGCUUUUACAAUCGCACGUCGGGGGAGUGUGAACCGGUGCCGUCCUGUUUUGGAGAGGGCGUGAUAUAUGACUUCUAUGCUAAUGAGUGUAUGGAUAUGAACAAUUUCAUAACUGAUGAGGAAAUAGAGCAGCUAAAGCAGGGAAAAUUCGAUAAUAACUUGCUGGAGCUGCAGCCUUACGUGAGAAAGAAAACCCUUCAAUCAACUGAAAAGAAAACUGAACUCAACAAGCAAAAGCCAAGACAAAUGUUAAAGGAAUGCAACUUUGCUGCCAAAUUAUCCCUUGUUGACUUCAACAAUUGUUUUCAGCAUCUAAAAGAUAUAGACACAUCAACGCAAGACUACAAAGAAUCCUCACAAACCAAAAAAUUAAAGAAAAAAUCAACAGGCACCUCUAUAUUGCGAAGCUUCUAUUAUGAUUGGUAUGUGCCACUAAAUAAAGAAAGUGAUUUGGAGAACACACAUCAUAAAAGGAACAGUGACGAUAACAGUACAGGAGAAGAAGCUGAUAGUAGUAGCAGUGAUGAAAAGAGUGACAGCUAUUCAUUACCAAAUCACAAGGAGAGGCCCACCAAGGUCACGUCGGGAACAAUUACUUUAGUGCACAAAUUGGCUGCAUAUAGUGCAAUAGAGUGGUUUAUUAUGACUAUGGAAAUGCUGCUCAUUAUCUCAUUGGUCAUUAUAUUUCAGAUCGUCGUCACUUUUUUCACCUACGCAGUGGUAUGUACGACUGUCUACGGAUUUCUGGAGGUUUUAGCCGAACUACAACCGAAUAAAGUCACCGGCAGUCACUUAGGCAAGAAACUGACGCCUCGUCACAGACGUGUCCAACAUGAGAUUAUGACCUCAGCUAGUUUAAUGUCACAAUUAAAAUGAAAUGUUAUUUAUGUAUUCAGCUUAGCUAAUUGUAUUUA